GAAUUAAUGAUACUAACUUGCUUACAAAGUUAGAAACAUACACGAAUUUUGUAAUAUAAACCCUACCAAAAUCGCCACUUUUCAAUCAUUUCAUUCACUCACACACGCAUAACAUAACAUUACAUACCAUAGAUACACAUAUAUACAUACAUUUCGAGCUGAGGGAAAGAGAUGAAAGAUCGGAUGGAACGAUUUGUGAUAUUGCCAUUUUCAUUGGGGUGUUCAACGCAAUCCAGCGUCGCCGUGAUCACUAGUCAUCAACACAAGAAACCAAACCAACUCAUUAAAAGAAGGGAAGAGAGUGAUGAAAAUGUCUCAGUUAAAAAAGAAUACACAAAAAUGGACAACAACGGUGUCGGUGCUAAUACCUCAGAUGGAAGAGAAGAAAGUGAUGAAAAUGGCUCAUUCAAAAAAGAAUACACAAAGAUGGACAACAACGGUGCUAAUAUAUCAGAUGGUAUCUACAGAAUUAUCCGAAGCUUCAAAAGUUUCUCUCACUUUUUCAUUCGUUACGAAGAAGAGACGAAAGAGAGAGAGGCAGAGAUGGAGAUAGGGUUUCCAACGGACGUGAAACACCUGAGCCACAUCGGAGUAGAUGGAACUAUGACCACUUUUGACAACUCCUCCUCAUCUUUUCCAUUCGCCGGUUUUCAACUCACCACCGUGUGAUAUUUUUUUCACAUGCAUCUUUUUACUAAAAUCAAUGACAUUUAUUUCUUUUUAUAGUUUCCUCCUAGUUGUAAGAUCUUUUAUUUUGUUGCAAAGUAAAUACCUCAACAAAAAAAAGUUUAUGCAAUAAUGAACUCUUAAAUAGAUUGGCUACUAUUAUUUCUUACCGAUUUCA